AUGAAGUUUAUCCUCCUCUGGGCACUCAUUAAUCUGCCUGUUCUUUUGGCCGCUGCUGCAGAUUUCACAAUUGGUACCACUCCGCCAUACUUGGUCUUCCUGAAAUCUGCUUACAUGCCCUGUGCUGGAGCCCUGAUCCACCCCCUCUGGGUGAUUACAGCUGCACACUGCAACCUACCGAAGCUUCAAGUGAUGUUGGGAAUUACAAACCCAGCAGACCCCUAUGAAAAGAAUAUACAAUUGGUUGGCUAUGAGAAGAUGAUUCAUCACCCAUACUUCACAAUCACUUCUAUCGAUCAUGACAUCAUGUUAAUCAAGCUGAAUAGAAAUAUUGAUCUCAAUGACCAUGUGAAACUGGUCAAGCUGCCUGACCAAACUGCCCCUGUGAAUACCAUGUGCACUGUUACCACCUGGGGCUACAACAUCUGCGAUUCCUCCAGGGAGCCUGACUCAAUGCAGAAUGUGAACAUUUCUGUAAUCUCCAACACUGAGUGCCGCAGUGCCUAUACAUCCUACACCAUCAAAGAAAGUAUGAUGUGCGUGGGCAUCGUACCAGGAAGGAGGCAGCCAUGCAAGGAAGUCACAGCUGCCCCAGCAGUGUGCAAUGGGAUACUUCAAGGAAUCCUGUCUUUUGCAGAUGGAUGUGUUUUGAGAGCUGAUGUUGGCAUCUAUACCAGAAUCUUUAACUACAUGACCUGGAUUGAAAAGACAAUCCAAAACAACUGA